CACGAAGAAGGGCCGCCGGGCGUUCGAUUGUCGUGAGGCGAGACCGCCGGGGGGCCCCUCCACCCUUGCGGCGGGGUGCCAGCUCCCGUCGUCCGGAAUUAGACCAACCUACCCCCCCCCCCUUUCGCCUUGGCGAAAGGGGGUCCAAUUGUUGCACAGCCUCUUAGUCCAAUUGUUGCACAGCCUCUUUAAGAGGCUGUGCAACAAUUGGACCCCCAACAAUUAGACAAUUGGACCCAAAAUAUAUGUAAGAGUCUUACAUUUAUUUUGGGUAAAUAAAGUAUUCACAUUGUGCCACUCGUUUUGGUGCAAAUCCAAUUUGAAAAGCUAGUAUGCAAGCAGACUGACAAAUGAAAACGUGAAAAAUGCAGCAACCGAAGAAAUGAAUAACAAUAAAGUGAUGUAU